UUGGUGAAUGAUGGAUUACUUUACGCUAAUGGAAAUCUUCACUCUUAGAAUUCCAUCACCCAAGUUCUUAUUAUAUAUAUAGUUUCAUUCCAAGCCUUCAAUAUCCAUCAUUCAAUCAUCUCUGUUUCUGCAUUGUGCUAGCUUUUCAUUCUGAAAAUAAGCAAGAGGCCUGACUGUGCAAAGUUGGCAUUGGUAUCCAAAAUGUCUGGUAAUGAAGAGAAUACAGUCAAUUCUGAUGCCAAAUCAGGGAAAAUGUUUUUUGAGCCGAUCCUGGAGGAUGGAGUUUUUCGAUUUGAUUGUUCUUCAAUUGAUAGAGCUGCUGCAUAUCCUAGUCUCUCAUUCAUCAAUACGAAGCUUAGGGACACAUUAUUCAACGUUCCUUCCUAUAUCCCUACCUUUGAAUGCAAUUCAGGAAACCAGAUUGUCAAACUUGAGCUUCCGAAAGGUACCUCCUUCUAUGGAACUGGAGAAGUUAGUGGACCACUUGAGCGAACAGGGAAAAAAAUUGAAACAUGGAACACAGAUUCAUAUGCUUAUGGUCCUGAAACUAUGCCCUUGUAUCAAUCACAUCCUUGGGUGCUAGCUAUUCUUCCAAAUGGAGAGGCCAUAGGUGUUCUUGCUGACACCACAAAACGUUGUGAGAUUGAUUUGACGACGGUAUCAAUUAUUCAAUUCACUGCUUCAGCCUCAUAUCCUGUCAUUACAUUUGGUCCUUUUGCUUCCCCCACUGCUGUCCUGCAAUCUUUAUCUCAUGCAAUUGGAACUGUUUUUAUGCCUCCAAAGUGGGCCUUAGGCUAUCAACAAUGUCGUUGGAGUUAUGAUUCUGCUCAAAAGGUCAUGGAGAUUGCCAAAACAUUUAGGGAGAAAGGCAUUCCGUGUGAUGUCAUAUGGAUGGACAUUGACUAUAUGGAUGGUUAUCGUUGUUUCACAUUUCAUCAGGGGCGUUUUCCAAAUCCACAAUCGUUGGCAAAUGAUCUUCAUAAUCUAGGUUUUAAAGCAACUUGGAUGCUAGACCCUGGUAUCAAAUGUGAUGAAGGUUAUUUUGUAUAUGAUAGCGGCUCUGAAAGUGAUGUUUGGGUUCAAAGUGCAGAUGGAACACCAUUUACUGGAGAAGUAUGGCCUGGGCUUUGUGUUUUCCCUGACUUCACACAAUCAAAGGCUCGCUCUUGGUGGGCUGGUUUAGUUAAAGAUUUCAUUUCUAAUGGCGUCGAUGGCAUAUGGAAUGAUAUGAAUGAGCCAGCUGUUCAAAAUGUACAAUCAAAAACAAUGCCUGAAAGCAAUAUUCACCGAGGAGAUGAUGAACUUGGGGGUCAUCAGGAGCACUCACACUAUCACAAUGUAUAUGGCAUGUUGAUGGCAAGAUCAACAUUUGAGGGCAUGAAAUUGGCUAAUGAAAACAAGCGUACCUUUGUUCUUACUAGAGCUGGAUUUAUUGGCAGUCAAAGGUAUGCUGCAACAUGGACAGGAGAUAAUGUUUCUAAUUGGCUGCACCUGCAUAUGUCUAUCUCCAUGGUACUUCAAUUGGGAAUUAGUGGUCAGCCAUUUUCUGGACCUGAUAUUGGUGGAUUUGCGGAAGAUGCAACACCUAGACUUUUCGCAAGGUGGAUGGGCAUCGGUGCAAUGUUUCCUUUCUCCCGUGGGCAUUCUUCAAAAGAAACCAAGGAUCAUGAGCCAUGGUCCUUUGGAAAAGAGUGCGAAGAAGUUUGUCGCCUUGCAUUGAAGAGACGUUAUCGCCUUAUACCACACUUAUAUACUCUAUUUUAUACUGCUCAUACAAUGGGUACACCAGUGGCAACUCCUACUUUCUUUGCUGAUACAAAAGAUACUAGCUUAAGAACCCUUGAAAAUGCCUUCUUAUUGGGUCCACUUUUGGUUUAUGCAAGUACCAUUCCAGAUCAGGGAACAGACAAAUUGCAAUAUCAUCUGCCUAAAGGAAUUUGGUUGAGAUUUGAUUUUGAUGAUUCACAUCCGGACUUGCCAACUUUAUACUUGCAAGGUGGAUUUAUAAUUCCUUUGGGGCCCCCUCAUCAGCAUGUUGAUGAAGCAAAAUUUUCCGAUGACUUGACACUCAUUGUAGCUUUAGAUGAAAAUGGAAAAGCUAAAGGUACAUUAUUUGAAGAUGCUGGUGAUGGAUAUGAAUUCACCAAGGGUGGAUAUCUGCUUACACAUUAUGUUGCUGAACGUCAUUCUAUAGUCAUUAAAGUUUGUGAAAGAGAACUUCAAUUUUCAAUUGUUACUGUUAGAGUUUCUGAAACAAAAGGGUAUUGGAAGAGACCCAAAAGACGUUUGCAUGUGCAAUUAUUACUCGGUGGAGGUGCAAAGAUUGAUUCAUGGGGCAUAGAUGGAGAAGAUGUGAUAAUUGCCGUUCCUUCAGAUUUUGAAAUUUCUGAGUUGGUAUCAGUAAGUGAGAAACUGUAUAAAACUCGUUUAGAAAGUUAUAAGCAGAUCCCAGAUGUUAAAGAGGUUCAAGGACCAGAUGGUGCUAAUUCAAGCCCUAAUGAUCUGAAAAAUGGUGAUUGAAUAUGUUAAAAUAGAUGACCUUUUUCGUUAAUUCAUGGGAUAUGUCUUAGCGAAGAAUCUCAUCAUAAUUAUAAAAAAAUAAAGAGAUUGUUUAUCAAAAUCUCAAGAGUGAUGUUGUGAUAUAUAAUAUCAUGUAACUUUUUAUUAUAAAUAUGGAGAUGUGUGUAUUGUAAAAAAAAUGAGUGAAUGAGUGAGAAUAAGGAGUUGUGUGUAUUGUAAAUAUGGAGUUGUGUUUAUUUUAUAAAAAAAAAGAAAGAAAAAAAAACAUAUGUGUGAAAUGAAUGAAAAAAAGUUGUGUAUUGUAAAUAUGGAGUUUUGUGUAAAAUAAUUGUUGUUUUACUUUUUA